GUGAGAUGGCAAUUGUUGCGAGAUGAGAGGUUUGACUGGGGCCGAGCCGCCAUAGCAAACCAACCACGUCACCGCCAGUACACAAGUACCGAUCCUGCCACCAGCGAGAAGUCGUGAAGCCAUGGACCUCGACUUCUCCGAGUGCUUUGAUCCCCGCGCCACUGGUCAUGGCAGGGAGCCCAUGCGCGCCGCCUUCUUCGCCUAUGAAAACGAGGACUUGGCCACCCGAAGGGCGCCUCUCACUGAGUCGGAACGAUUCCGGAGCUUGAACGGCACAUGGAAGUUUGCGUGGCGACCUCAUGCCAAUGAGACUCCGAAAGGAUUUGAAGAAGAGGGCUUCGAUGACGGCGCAUGGGGCGGGAUGCCUGUGCCUGCCAACUGGGAACUGAAUGGGUAUGGCUUCCCGAUCUAUACCAAUGUGGACUAUAUUUUCCACAGCGACCCGCCGAACAUAAGGUACCGAGGGAAAGAUCCAGAAUACAAUCCAACUGGCUUCUAUCGGCAUGAAUUCCAGGUUCCGUCACUCUGGCUCGAAGGUGGCUAUCAAGUGUUUCUGCAUUUGGGUGCUGUCUGCAAUACCUGCCAUGCCUUUCUCAAUGGUCGGCCUCUGGGCUUCAGCACAGACAGCAAACUGCCCGUGGAGUUCAACAUCACUCAACAUUUGCGGCGUGGCAAAAACUUGCUUGCACUUCGAGUUCUUUGCUGGGGCGCUGCUGCAUACCUGGAGGAUCAGGAUAUGUGGUGGUUUGCUGGCAUUACGCGCGACGUGUAUGCCUAUGCCCGGCCAAAGCAGCACAUUCGAGACAUAGAAGUUCGAGCUGGGGCUGAUGGCAAGCUGGAAGUAGAAGUCGAUAUGGCCUCUGGGUCCGCUGACCACAUUGUCCAGUGCCGGCUUCUGGACGGCGCCACGAAGUUGGCGGACUUUGAGGUGCCAGUCGCAGUGCGCGGCAGCGGCGCCGCCGGCAGGGCCAGCGCGAUGCUCAAGCCCUUGCUUUGGAGCGCGGAGGCGCCCCAUCUCUACAAGCUUGUGGUCGUGCUGAAGAAAGGCACCGAGCCAGCAGAGGCAUUGAGCCUGAAUGUCGGCUUCCGCACGAUUGAGAUCCGUCAGGGCAGGCUGCUGCUGAAUGGUAGUGAACUCACAAUCCGUGGUGUCAAUCGGCACGAGCACGAUCCCAAGAAGGGCCAUGUUGUCCCGCGCCAGUCUAUGAUAUCGGACAUUGAGCUGAUGAAGCAGAAUAACUUCAAUGCCGUCCGCUGUGCGCAUUAUCCGAACGACCCGCUCUUUUAUGAGCUGUGUGACGAAAUGGGCAUGUACGUCGUGGAUGAGGCCAACAUUGAAAGUCAUGGCGUGGAUUUUAAUUGGUCUACAACAUUGGCCAACAAGGAGGAAUGGGGAGAGGCGCACAUGGCGAGAGUGCAGCGCUAUGUGGAGCGGGACAAGAACUUUCCGAGUAUCAUUUUUUGGUCCCUGGGCAAUGAGGCGGGAAACGGAAUCAAUCAUCAUCGGACAUACGCGUGGCUAAAACGGCGCGAUCCCACUCGCCCGGUGCAGUACGAGCAUGCGCGCAUCGAGCCCGUUUGGGCAACUGAGACCAUGGAGACCAUUGAUGUGAACACCGACAUCUUUUGCCCCAUGUACCCCAGCCAGCAAAAGCUGGAGAACUACGGCACGCGCUUCGAUGCAGAUGUCCGAGCGCUUCCCUUGAUUAUGGUGGAAUAUGCCCAUGCCAUGGGCAAUUCCCUGGGUGCCUUCAAGGAGUAUUGGGAUGUGAUUGCCAAUCAUGGGGUGUUGCAGGGGGGCUUCAUUUGGGACUGGCUGGACCAGGGCGUGGAAACCCAGAAGGAUGGCAAGCAGAUCUGGGCCUUCGGCGGCGACUUUGGGGAGGAGGGCACUCCAUCGGACCUGAACUUUUGCAUCAAUGGGCUGGUGCGGCCGGACAGGACCCCCAACCCGCACCUGCAUGAGACCAAGAAGGUGAUGCAACCGGUUGUGUUCAAAGCUUUGGACUUGAAAGCUGGACAGAUCGAAGUCCACAACUGUUAUGACUUCUUGUCCCUGGAACAUUUGGACUUCUCCUGGCAAAUUUCCGUGAACGGUAUGACUAUCGAGAGCGGCAAACUGCCAGGCCUGACCACCAAAGCACACAGCUCGGAGGUGCUGCAAUUGCCCACGAAGUUGGCAAGCUCUUCUCCUGUAAGUGGUGAGACUCAUUUGCUCGUGACAGCCUGCAUGCGACAGCCUGGUGGCUGCAUGCCAGCAGGCAUGGAGGUGGCCUGGGAACAGUGGCAGUGGCAGCUUUGCUCUGCUGCUUCCCCGGCAGCCGCAUUAGAGGGACCAGAGCCGCAAGUCGAUCAUUCCGGGAGCGUCCUGACCAUUGCUGCCGGCGAGCUUUUGGCACGCAUCGAUGGCGGAUGUCUGACGAGCUUGGCCCUGAAGGGCCUGGAGCUCUUGGCAGAGGCACUGAGGCCCAACUUUUGGCGGCCGCCCACGGACAACGACUACGGAGCAAAUCUGCAGGCACAUUGUGCUCCCUGGAAGUAUGCCGGACGCAAUGCUAGCCUGUUGGGUGAAGUCCAAGCAGCUCCGGGACCUGGCUUUGUGGAUGUCUCAGCGACACUGGCAGUUGGAGCAGGAGGCGCCAAGCUCCAUGUGACAUACCGCGUGUCCUCCAUGGGCAUCACUGUGAAUGCCAAGUGGCGCCCAGCCACCGUUGAGAAGCGUCCGGCGGUUGCGGGGGGCAUCGGAUACCUCCGUUGCCAUUGUGAUCGCCAUUUGGACGUUGAGGGCAAAGUGGUGAGGGCACGCUGGAAUGACAUGGGAGAGUGGCAGUCGAUCACGCUGAAUGCUGCGAAGGAACCCGGACAGCCACUUGAGCAUGGCGACAAGAUAGCGCUGCAGGCCGUGACUGGCAAGACGGAGGCAGAGUUACUGGUCAACGGCAUUGUGCCGAUCACGGAGGAUGCAAGCUCGCCGGUGCAGGCCAUCGGGGAUGCCGCGCCUUGCUGGACGCUGCGGCGCAGAGCUGGCGCUGGCCCCGUGCGCUCGGGGGAUGAGGUGUCGCUGGAACGCAACGGAAAGUAUUUAGCGGUGGACGACGGCAACGUUGUAGUUUUGAGCCAGGAGUCGCACCUCACACAAUUCUUCCUCGACAUCAAGGACCAGCCGGCUCCCAUGCGGAUUGGUUUCUCGACCGUCCUGACGGAGGGCUUCCAAGAUGUGGAGUGGUUCGGGCGGGGUCCCUUUGAGUCCUACCUGGAUCGGCAUGCCUCCGCCAGAGUGGGGCUGUUCCAGGGCAGCAUCUCGGAGCAGACUGUGAAGUACGUCCGGCCCCAGGAGAACGGCAAUAAGUUCCAGACCAGGUGGAUGGCGCUGAAGCGGUCUGCCGGGCCUUGCAAUCUGCUUUUCAUCGGCGCAAAGGAUCCGAGUCCUUUGCUAGAGAUGCAGUGUCAUCAUUACAAUCUCAGCGACUUCGACGGCGGCGACAUCAAAGCAAAGCAGAAGUUCCUGCAUGCCGGGGAGCUUGUGGAGCGUCCUACCACAGCUGUUUGCGUCGAUGCCAUUCAGAUGGGAGUUGGCGGCAUUGACUCUUGGGGGGCAAAGCCCUUGAGCCAGCACAUGAUUGGCAACAAUCAAGCGGCUGACUGGGCCUUUACGUUGCUUCCUCGCCAGGAAGCACUUGACGCCGAUUGGAGGGUGAGACUUCAUGCAUAUUGAUGGGGCUUGAGGGGAGGAACUUUUGAAUCGAGUGGGUGCCAAAGGCGCAAGCAAACUUGUCAGCACCCUGUGAUUGAGGAGUCUUGACGCUUUGGCAAUGCCUUUAGAAAAAGAUGAGCUGAAAAGUCAGAACCUCGGAGACCAUCCCCGAAAUAUCGCAGCUGCGCAACGAGGCAACA